AUAAAGGUGGCACUGAAUAAAUCAGUUAGUGAACAACUGUCUAAAUAACAAGACCUGUGUAGAAGUGUCUACCUCAAAGCAAAAUCAAGUGGAGUAAUAAAGAACAGAUUAGUUUUAGUGUGAUUCAUAGCGCGCUUUACAUAUAUUAAAAUAAAAAAAAGGUAAAUGACUGUUGCCCCUGAACUAGAUAUUCAUACAUAAAUGUGGUGCUACCACACUUCUUGCGCUUCCAAUACUACCAAUUAACACGAGGCAAUCAGAUAUGGCCAAUAACGAUGGCUACGUUAACAACGCUUAUGUACCUACAAACUCUACAAAUCACUCAACUACAUCCAUACCGGGAGCGUAUCGUACGAGUGUCACAUUCGAACCGAGCAGAAACGAUUACAAUGGACGAAUUGUAGUGCCAACAACAAAUAACAGUAUUACACCCGCAUCGCAGAAAUCAGAAGAGUUACCCAAACUACCCACUGACACCGCUGUUGUCGAAGAUGACACCAAACGGCGAGAUACUUGGGCCAAUGACAUUGAGUUCCUCAUGUCCUGCAUCGCACUCUCCGUGGGUUUGGGUAAUGUUUGGCGUUUUCCAUUUACCGCGCUCGAAAAUGGUGGCGGUGCCUUCGUCAUACCCUACAUCAUCGUAUUAUUUCUGGUCGGCAAGCCCGUUUACUACAUGGAAAUGUUGUUGGGACAGUUGUCAAGUCGUGGCAGUAUCAAAGUAUUUGAUUUUUCGCCCAUAAUGAGAGGCGUCGGCUAUGGUCAAGUAUUUGCCACCGCUAUUGUAUCCACAUAUUAUGCCACAUUAAUGGCGAUAACACUGCGUUAUUUGAUUGAAUCGUGCUACCCGACACUGCCCUGGAGUUAUUGUCGCGAGGAAUGGGGUGACGCUUGCGUCAAUUCGAAAGUGAAUAAAUCAAAUAUUUUCACAAAUGAGAGCACAGUUAAAACUACCUCAGCGGAAUUCUAUUUUACAAAAGUCAUCUUACGUGAAAAAGACUCCAUUGAUGAUGGUAUUGGAUAUCCAAGUUGGACCUUGGCAUUAACAUUGGCCGUUUCAUGGAUUGUGAUAACCUCUAUACUCAUAAAGGGCAUUAAAAGCUCUGGUAAAGCCUCCUACGUGCUGGCAAUUUUUCCCUACGUGGUGUUGUUUAUACUGCUCAUAAGAUCUUUGACACUGCCCGGUGCCUUUAAUGGGGUGCUCUACUUUUUAAAACCACAAUGGAAUAAGCUGCUGGAUCCGCAGGUGUGGUAUGCCGCCAUUACACAAGUAUUCUUCUCGCUAGCAAUUUGCUUUGGAAACAUCAUAAUGUAUGCAUCCUAUAAUCGUUUCCGACACAAUAUAAAAAGAGAUUGCACGAUAGUGACGACUUUGGACACAUUUACCUCGUUGCUUUCUGGAAUCAUCAUAUUUGGCAUACUCGGCAAUUUGGCGCACGAAUCAAACACCACCGAUAUACAAAAUGUGGUGAAGAGCAACACUGGACUUGCGUUCAUCUCCUAUCCAGACGCUAUAGCCAAAUUUGAAUUUAUACCACAAGUGUUCUCCGUGCUCUUCUUCCUGAUGCUUUUUGUGCUGGGUAUUGGCAGCAAUGUGGGCAUGGCAUCGUGCGUGAUGACUGUGCUGAAGGAUAAAUUCAACAACACGAAAAACUGGAUUAUUGCCGUGUCCAUUGCCAUUGUAUGCUACGCAAUCGGUCUGAUCUACAUUACGCCUGGUGGACAAUAUCUACUGAAUUUUAUGGACUUCUUCGGUGCGUCUUUCAUUGCGCUUGUAUUGGCAAUAUUCGAAUUGAUUGCUGUCGGUUGGAUAUACGGCGUGAAAAACCUUUGUCGAGACGUGUACUUUAUGUUGGGUAUAAAGACUUCUAUAUAUUAUCGCAUAUGCUGGGGUAUUGUUACUCCUGCCUUUAUGGCGGCCGUACUCAUCUACACUUUGGUGAACUACACUCCCUUACAGUAUAAUGGUUACACCUAUCAAACUGGUUUAUAUGUUUUCGGUUGGUGCAUCUCGGCCUUUGGCAUCGGUCAACUGCUCAUUUGGGGUGUGGGCGCUGUUUGGAAUUGUUCCGAUGGCACCCUAUGCGAACGGAUAAAGAAAAGCUUUAAGCCAAAAGCCAACUGGGGUCCAUUAGAUCCAGUUACGCUGAAGGAAUAUCAACUGUUCAAAACCGAAGAGCGCACAAAUGAAAUGUUCAAAAAGACGGGAUUCUGCCAUAAAGUAUACGACAACAUAUUUGGUUGAACGUUAUGUACAUAACAUGCUUGUACAUAUGUAUUUAUAGUUGUAGUCUUGUAUAUAUAGACCGUUAUUAUUGUACAAAAUCUUAGUAUUUAUGUAAUUUUUAUAUUUUGAAGUAAAAUUUGCGACAUUUCGUUUAAACUCGA